CUGGUCGCGACUCCGCCGAUCAGUUCCUUGUGCUGAAGCCGUGAGGAGUAGUUGGUCUUUCUUGCUGUGCGCCGAACGACUUACUUAGAUGUCCACUAUGUUGCAGGCCGUAGUUCUGCUUCUGUUGGUGGUAGCCCACAUCGGUAAUGCCGACAACAGCGCGGUUUCGCAAGACUUUGUGCCGCUGUGCUCCAACCCCGAGUAUGACGUCACCUUCUCCCCGGCCACGGUCACGGUCAGUACCACGGUGUUCGAUCUCUCCCUGACCACGGCCAAACUCCGUGCCAGACACAGGCUCAUGAAGUACUUCCGAGGCGCUAAUGAUCAAGGCGUGGAGAUGACCGCACCCUUCACGAACGUCAUCCAGACGCGCGCUCCCACCGACCUGUUCCGGGAGGUGACCCUGGCCAUCCCCCUGCCCGAGGACGUGUGGGACAACAUCCCCAAACCUACGGACAGCAAGGUGAGGAUUGACAAGGUACCCAGGAACAUAGCAUACGUCCGGAAUGUGCGGAACAAGGCCGCCCUGGGCUUCUCUGUCGAGAGGGAGGCAAAGAAACUCUUCGGCAUCUUGAAGAAGAACGGGGAGCCAUACUGGGGUGACGAUGACUACUACUACAUCAUACAGAGUAAAUCGCCUGAGAACGGGAGAGUCAUCAACCAGGUGGCCAUUUUCUCGAUCAACGACCGAGCCUCUCACGUGUACAUCCGGGCGAAGGGGUUAAAGGCACACGUACAGAACCAGUUACCCGUCUGCCUCAGAAAGGGGAAUCCGGAGGCUUGGGACUUGUUGGGAGAAGCGCCCAAGGAUGUCGACGCUGACAUCGAUCUGACAAGAGUCGAGGCGGGGGAAAACUACUGUAACGAUCCAGAUUGUCCUGAAUCCAAGGUCCUGCAGACGUAUGACACUCCGCUAGAGAAGCGGGAGUACACCGGGACCGCGUCAAUGGUGUUCGCCGCCGCGCCGUCAUGCCACCUGCACGCCGCGUACGGCAUGGCCCAGCGCGCCAUCUACGAUAAACUUAACGCUGCCGGCCUGAUGGAAGGAAGGCCAUUCCGAAUGUUCGGGCCGGUCAUGGGGCAGAUAUAUCAGAGGAAGGCUGGGGAGGACGAGUGCAACAAAGUUUUCGUGCAAUCAAUUGACGUCCCGGAAGAAGUGCUUGCAUCAGAAAAGCUUCCCGAUUUUGUUUUCGGACAAGAACCAUACGACCAAGACGUCGUUAUGGACCUGAAGGUGCACCGGCGGGACUACCCCGGGCCGUUCACGGCUUACGUGCGGCACUUCGGCGGGUACGCUGACGAGGAGGAGAUCUACCGCCAGGGCAAGGCUCUGAUGGCGGACCUGGACAGCCGUGGGAUCUGUUACAUCCCCAACAUGCUGGAAUUUGUCGAGUACAACCGGGGGUCCCGACAGUUCGAUCGCCACAAUGAGGUACUCUACUACGCUUUUCCGGGAGUGACGUGUGAGCCUGAAAAGCCAGACUGGUUCAUCCCGGUGCACCUUGACUCUCCGCCCAAAGGUGAUGAAACUAACGCCCUUGAUCUGCUGCUUCCUUCCCUGGACGAUCUGUGCCGGAACAACGACUGUGUGAAGAGACAAACGGUCAGAAGGUUCGAGAACUUCUUGGAGGAAAAAAUACAGACGCCUGGUAGUUCUGUCUGUGCCAAGCAGAAGUUCUGCACCAGUGUCCGCGAAGCGUCGAAGCAAGCCAUCUCCAAGCUUCUGUCCUACUUCAACGGUUACAACAAGGAGCAACAAAGGAUUGACAUGCCAAGGCCACUAUUUCACUAUAUGAACUUGACGAACAUUGCGAAGGAAGGGUGCAACAAAGAGAUGCUGACGUGCAGCUUUGUUCCCAAGCGUAUCGCAGCGGUCCCUCCAGAACCGGUGGACAAAAAUAUUCUACUGAUCGCGUCCACCGAAGUAAACGGUUACACCAUGCCUUUCGGCGACCUGACCGACAAGGAGAUCAUGCAGACCAUGAUACAUUUCAACAAAUCACUGGCUGGUCUGGAGAAGUUUGGCAUUGCGUACGAUAAGCAAACGUUUGGAAUUAUGGAGUAUUUUGCAGCGGAUGAAGAGCUCCAUCACAACGCACUGUUUGUUCGCAAGCUGGAAAAAGGCAUGGUUUCCGAAGAGGACGUCGUCCCCGAGUCUACAGACGCUGAAGAGCGACCCCGACUGCACAGCCUGGUGAAGGACCAUGGCGACAACGUCCUGGAAAUCCGCAUGAACCCCAAGAUGUAUGCCUGUGUCGACACCGAAUCAUGCAACGCUUUCUUCACUCGCAAGACUAUGAUUGCUCUGCACGACUAUUUUGCCGGCAACAAUGAUGGAAAUGUGGAUCUUGGAAGUCUGUCGCCUCUGUUUUACCAUACGGGUGAACCCAAAGUCGAAGGCUGCCCAUACGGAUUGUCAAGCUGCGCGGCCAUCCCGGAGGAGUUCUAUGAGAACACACCAAAGCCUAGCGACGAGCGGGUGACGAUCUUCGACGCUACCAAACUUACCGGAGUCGGUUACGCUACUACUUUAUAUGAGGCACCAGAGGGAGAUGAGGGGUGGACCGCCGUGUUCGAGAAACUGGCAGCGAAGCUCGACGAAAAAGAUCUGCUCUUUAAUAGGGAGUACGGUUUCUUCUUCAGGGAGGCUCAUCCAUUCGACACAAGUAAUGAACCAGCGUACGUGGCCUACUGGAAACAGUCCGCGGAGUCUGAGGGUGAAGGUGAAAGUGAAAUGUCAGCCGAAGAAGACAAAGAGAUGCCGACGGAAGGUCCUGCCGCUGAGAAGAGUGAAGACGGCGAGAAAGCUGAGAUGCCCACAGAACUGUCAGCUGUUUCAAAGACUGCAAUGCCAGACAAAGAGGAGGGCGCCGCCGUCCCAGCUACCGAGGCACCCGCGGGCAGUUCUGCCGAGACCGAGGAGAGAUAAACACAGAGAAGACGGGUGGGACCGUCGAGAACUGGGUACACCAACGGAAACGUUCCCCAUCGCCUUUAGCCUCAACCAGGCUUCGGGAAGCGGCUGGAAAGAGUGGAAAUUGGCUAAAUAGGCAGAUGAUAUGCCAGAGGGUUCGCGCUGAGAGAACAGUUUGCCGCGAAUUUCCAGCCGCCUCCCGAAGCCUGGUAGAGGCUAAUCACCCUAGUAGCAUUAGUAACUGUUAAAAUGAUAAUGUAAUUUUCCUUCUAUUCUUUGUACUUCAAGCAUUUGUAAUACUUGUAAUAGUUAAAAGCGAUUUUUAAAAAUUUGUUUUGAUCAGCUGGUAAUUGAUGUUAGUCAAUAUUUGAUAAGCUUUAGAAAAAUCAUAUCAUCCUAUCAUAAAACUAGACUUGCAUUGUGAGAUUCAAUGAUGCUGCUCAACUAUAAAUGGCAAAGACAUAGCUUAGUACCAUAUAUCAUUGAAUUCACCUUUCCAUAGCUUUCAUUUUUGCUAAAUGAUAUGACGUUGCAAUUGUUAAAAACAGAUUAUUAUCUGGAUAUGUUCAUUGUUAUGCCUAUGCUCCAAUAAAACCGUCACCCACCACCAAAUCCAAGGCGUGUCUUAUUUUUCAACAAAUCAAGAAGCACGGCGCAAACAUGCCAUAUAUGCAUGUGUCAUCACCUAAAAUAAAUUCUAGACACCGAUUUGAUUGAUAAUUUCCUUAAAAAA